AGUGCGUGGGAACUUUGAACCAGACGCAGACAGCAAUACUUUUGUCGGGGCACAGGUUAACCAGCAUCUUUGCUGGCGUAUUCCAUCUUCGAAACCGAAACUUCUAAUACAGCCAGGCAACGGUCAGCUAGCCAUGGCGAAAUCUCAGGAAAGCUUCAUGUUCACGGUCGGAAAACUCGACGCCGGAAUGGCUAUCCUUCUCGGAGAACGAGCCCACUUGAUCGAGUUUCCUUCCGUGCUGUUGCCUCCGGGGGCGACGACUGGCUCAAUAGUCAACAUCUCCGUUCAUCAAAACACAACCGAGGAGCACAAGCGAGAUCUCGAGUUCUGGUCCCUGCAAAACAAUAUUCUGGAAGCCUAUGGACAUACGUCACCGUCCCCACCAAACCUCGAGGUUCGAAAUGUUACUCAGACCUCUGUCACGCUUGAAUGGCCUACCAUCAAUCUCGCGACCGCCAAAUUGCGUUCUCUUGAUAUAUACAAAAACGGACAACGUCUCGCUGCCAUCCCAAACGCGGUUACCAACACCUCCACGAAGCUAUCCAGCCUUCAGCUUGAUACGGAGUAUACUUUCCAGCUAAUCAUGCGUACAACGGCUGGAACAUAUCCUUCUAAUCUCAUCCGUGUGCGUACACAUACCAUAGUUGAUACAUCCGGCAUAUCUGUUUGCUUCGGGACAGUGCAGGACCCUGCGUUACUAGAGAAUGCCAAGCUGGCACUUGGGGAAAUGCGUGCUAAGUGGAGUGAUAAAAUUCAAAUAGAUACCACGCACUUUGUGUGCACCACACCAGCGGCGACUCCCAAUGGUGCGCAGGCCACAGGUGGCAUCAGUAGCGGACCUGGGGUGGAGUAUCAACGUGCCCUUCAACUUAGCAUUCCUGUUGUGCAGCCUCAUUGGAUCUUAGCCUGUCUUUCAGAAAAGAGGAUGGUUCCUAUAGCUGGCUUUUACCUAGGCACAACCCCCUCCACACCGAUGAACUCUGCUCCAUUCCAGCGUCCCCAGUCGAUGUCUCAAGCGUCUUUACCACAGUCUGCGUCUU